CCGCCCCGCAGCCAGGCCCCGCACCUUCCCCAGGCCCCGCGCGGCCGCCCCGCCGCCAUGGACCUGUUGUUUGGGCGCCGGAAGACUCCGGAGGAGCUGCUGCGCCAGAACCAGCGGGCCCUGAACCGCGCCAUGCGAGAGCUGGACCGGGAGCGACAGAAGCUGGAGACCCAGGAGAAGAAAAUCAUUGCAGACAUCAAGAAGAUGGCGAAGCAGGGCCAGAUGGACGCCGUGCGCAUCAUGGCUAAAGAUCUGGUGCGCACCCGCCGCUACGUGCGCAAGUUUGUGCUGAUGCGCGCAAACAUCCAGGCUGUGUCCCUCAAGAUCCAGACGCUCAAGUCUAACAACUCAAUGGCGCAAGCCAUGAAGGGCGUCACCAAGGCCAUGGGCACCAUGAAUAGACAGCUCAAGUUGCCCCAGAUCCAGAAAAUCAUGAUGGAGUUUGAGCGACAGGCUGAGAUCAUGGACAUGAAGGAGGAGAUGAUGAAUGAUGCCAUCGAUGACGCCAUGGGUGAUGAGGAAGACGAAGAGGAGAGCGAUGCUGUGGUGUCCCAGGUCCUGGACGAGCUGGGACUCAGCCUGACAGAUGAGUUGUCAAACCUCCCCUCCACUGGAGGCUCGCUCAGUGUGACUGCCACUGGGAAGAAAGCAGAGGCUGCAGCCUCAGCCUCAGCCCUGGUAGAUGCCGACGCAGAUCUGGAGGAAAGGCUCAAGAAUCUGCGGAGGGACUGAUUGCUUUCAAGACUCCACUCCCCCCAACCCCAACCCUUGGGAAUCCAGCGACAGCCCGUUUUCACUAUACCCCUGCAAAAUAAAAGACUGGACACUAGGUUCCUGAGACUCUGUGGCCGCGUAU